AUGUACACAAGUUACAUAUAUUAUGGAAACUCUGUUAAUGAUAAUUUAUUGAUAAAUAUUGAAAGAGAUGUUGUUGAUAAAGAAAUUGUUGUGAAAACUAUUGCUAAAAGUUCAACAGAACCAUCAAGGAUAUUGAUUUGUCAAAACAUUUGCCAUUUGCCUGUUGGGGGCCUUUUUUUCCAAAACGCGGACUGGGCCUUUUCAAGCCAGUUCGACAAUGUUCACGAUCUUGUUGGUGGAACGGAAACUGACGUAAGUGAGAAUAUAGAAUUGUAUGACCCAAAAACGGACCGAUGGCAGUAUGCACCAGAAAUAAUUAUAAGCCGUAAAGGAGUUGUUCUAGCCAUAUUGAAAGAUAGAUUAAUGUUUGCUGUGGGUGGUUAUGAUAAAGAUAAUGUUGAAUAUCUUGGGACUAUUGCUAUGCUAGAUAUUUCUUCAGAAUCACCUUGUUGGAAACCUAUGGUCGACAUGAUAGUUAAAAGAGAUUAUCCAGUAGUUGGUGUAAUAAACGAUUAUCUAUAUGCUGUAGGAGGAUGUGAUCAAUCCUCACAGUGUUUAGAUACUGUUGAAUGUUAUCAUCCCAGUCUUGAUAAAUGGAAACCAGUUGCAAAAAUGUCUGUUUGUCGCAGUGGUUUCGGAGUAGCAGUUUUACACGGUGUACUGUAUGCUGUAGGUGGUCAUGAUCGAUUUAACCACCUUAGUAGUGUUGUAGCAUACAGACCAAGUACAGGAGUUUGGACUUCUAUAACAGAUAUGCAUUUGCCUCGAAAAAAUGCUGGAGUAGUUACAUUAGACGGUUUGUUGUAUGUCGUCGGUGGAUAUAAAGACUCUUCUAUUUUGUGUUCUACUGAAUGUUACAAUACACAAACCAAUUCUUGGACCAUAGUCACAGCGUCAAUGAAUGAUGAACGGAUUCAAGCAGGAGUAGUAGCCAUUAAUAGGCCAAGAUAUUUUACAACAUGUUAG